AUGAAGUUCUUAUCAGCUGCCAGCCUCUUGGUACUUACGGCUCCCCUCUCCAACGCAGCCGCCUUCUCCAUCUUCGACCCUACACAGGUUUCCCUCAAUGCCGGGACCACUGAAGAUUUCCCAGUCGAGGGUGACAACCCUUUGCUGUACUGUGCCAAACCAGAAGCCUAUAAACUCGACAUCGAAUCGGUGGAUCUGUCACCUAACCCUCCUCUACCAGGAAAGAAGUUGAUCAUUUCCGCCAAAGGCACCUUGCUGGAGAGAAUUGAGAAGGGCGCUACUGUGAACCUGGAAGUGAAGUGGGGUCUCAUUACCUUAAUCAAACAGACUGUCGAUCUGUGCGAAGAACUGAAGAAUGUCGACUUGGAGUGCCCGCUAGAGAAGGGUAAAAUGGUGUUGACGAAGGAAGUGGAACUGCCUAAGCAGAUCCCACCGGGCAAGUACUCCGUUCUUGCUGAUGUCUACAACCAAGCCGACCAGCAGGUUACUUGCCUCAAGGCGGAAAAUAUCGCAUUCCACAUCUGA